GCACAUUUGUAUAGGCUUCUUGAGUUCUGGGCAUUAGUCCCUGAGUGCAUACUGUUCUAACUGUUCAUACCGCUAGAUGCACUAUCCAGCCACAGUAACUGUCAGCCUCCCAUAGAACCAGGGGCGGACUGACAACUUAUGGGGCCCCCGGGCAAUAGGGGAUCAUGGGGCCCCUGUGUCCUUGCCCAAACUCAAAAAAGGCUAAGAAAAAGGUACCAGAGGCAUCUCAUGGGGCCCCCUACUGACCCCGGGCAGUGCCCAAGUUUCUAAAUGGUCAGUCUGCCCCUGUU